AUGGACGAGAGAAUAUACGAAUUAGACAGGCAAGGCGACAUCACCUUUCUCGUCCACGAUGUCCCAAAAUCCCUGCCACAAACCCUAGACCAACUGCACCCACUCCUGCUAGACGGUUCAACACCAAAAGGCACCUCACCUGCAGCAGCAGAGGAAGAUGAAGCCAACCAAAAACCCCAAGCGAUACUCAAGAUUCGCGCCUCCUCAAAACACCUCACCCUCGCCUCCCCCCAGUUCACCCGCACCCUGCACAGCGGCUUCCAGGAAUCCCACGACCUCCAUCAAAGAGGCCACCUGGACCUCGAAAUCGACAACUGGGAUCCCGCUGCCUUCCUCAUUCUCAUGCUCAUCCUGCACGGCCGCACGCGCCCCGUUCCCAGGAAACUGACUUUCAGCAGACUCGUCGACUUCGCCGUGCUGAUUGAUUACUACGAGUGCUACGAGGCGGUCGAGGUCUUCACCGAUAUGUGGAUCAGGGCGUUGGAGAAGACGGCUACGGCUUCGAAGUCGUUAGCCCAGGUUGAGGAGUGGCUGUUUGUCUCCUGGGUGUUUCAGCACCGGCAGAUUUUUGCGCUGGCGUGCGGGUAUCUGCAGGGGAAUCUGACGGGCAGGUUUUGUUCCGAAUUGCCGAUUCCACAGCGAGUAUCCAAUGCGAUUGAUCGUGCGCGGGAGGAUGCUAUAAGCAGGAUCCUCGACAGGGUGCAUGGUCGGGUGGAUGUGUUGCGCUCGGGCAAGGUGCAGUGUUCGUAUGAGUGCGACUGUGUGCUUCUCGGGGCACUCACGAGGCACAUGCGUCAGCUGGGGAUCCUGGAGAGACCGGCGCCGCCGUUUGAGGGGAUCGCGGUCGAGCAGCUAGCGAAGGAAGCGCCGGGGGUGGUGGUGCCGCGGUGGUACGAGCGCGGCGGCGAGAUCCAGCAUUCGUGUUUGGCGACGCUGGAUUUCAAUUCUUCGCUGAGAGGUUCUGGGGAUGCGCCGAAGGUUGUGGAUUUGGAGGAGUUGACUGAGUUGAGGAGGAAGUGA